AUGGUUAUCUUCUUGGGUCAGCCACCACUCCCAGAUCAGGAAUUGGUGUGGGAUUUCAAGGACAAGGAUGACAAUGUCAAGAAGUUGACCUUCACGCCAUUGCUGUUCUACAAGGAUUUGGGCAUCAGCUUGAAAAACUAUGUUUCCUUGUUGAAUGACCCUCGUAACCCAUACGACAAGGUCAUCAACAUUGACAAGUUGGGUAAUGUUGUUGGCGGUAAAGAGGUGUCUUACUUGAACAUUGACAUCAAUGAGUUGGCCAAGUAUGCCGUCGAGCGUCUUAAGAACAACCAGGCUAUUUUCUUCGGUACCCACACCCCAAUCUACAUGGACAAGAAGAGAGGUAUCAUGGACGAGGAGCUUUAUAACUAUAAGCUUAUCGACUUCCAUGCCGAUCAAGACAAGUCCAGCAGAAUUGAGUACAGACAGUCUCUCAUGACCCAUGCCAUGGUCUUGACUGCCGUGCACUUGGACGAGCAGGGUAACCCAAUCAGAUGGAAGGUUGAAAACUCCUGGGGUAAGGACUCGGGCCAGGACGGUUACUAUUGCAUGGACCACAAGUACUUCAAGGAAUACGUUUACCAGAUUGUUGUUGACAAGUCCGAGUUGCUGGACAAACAUCAAAAAAUCUACGAUGAGGCUGCUGAUCCCGUCGUUUUGCCCCAUGGGAUCCAAUGGGUGCAUUGGCUACUUUCUCUUAGGUAA